AUGCCGAAUAAUAACACACUUAGCUCUGGGCCCCCUUAUGCGAGGGCCAUCAUUCCUCCUUCUGUUAAAGACUCCAAACCAUAUAUAAAUCCAGAAAGUCUUCGCACGUCGAAAAGAGCACAAAGAGACACUGAAAUCUUAGACUCCAUUGAAGAAUCUGUGAAAAGGGGUGAAUAUAAAGACCAUCCUACGUCAAUGUGGACCAAGUUUGGGUUUGUUUUCUUUUCAUCGUUUGUAUUUUUGGGAGGUUUUGUCGUCUAUCAGACCAGUAAAGGCAAGCCAGCAUUUUUCCCUCUUUGGUUCAGGAAAGUGGUGCCACUCGCAAAAGCAGAUGGAGUUAACAAAAUCAACUUAGAGGCUUUGAAAAGGGCUACUAAAGAGAGCCUUCUCAUCAAGCUAUCGAUGAACGGGCAGGUAAAACAGUUAUUUGGAUUGCCGUUACAAUUAGGAGAAUUUGAACGUUUCGAUGUCAGCAUCGAAUAUAGGGAUUACUCUAUGGAAGGUCUUCAAGUGGAUUGUUCAAAACAAUGGUGGAAACCAGAAUUUUCUAUCAAAAAAAUAAUGGUUAGCAUUCCUGAAAACUUCGGUGGAAUGCUUGAACCUCUUAAAACGAACGGUGAGAUUGACUACGAUGCGAUCGAUAAGAAAUUCCCAAAUCAAAGAGAUUACAGUAUUCUCAUUGAUGGGAGAAUUUCUGCCAUGGGUAACAGUAAUUCCAUUGUGGAUAAAGGAUCCGGCGCGAUUACCUUCCGGGGACUGAUAGAGUUUGAUCAUACCAAGACAAUCAAGUUGGUGAAUGUCUUGUUGUCCUAUAAAACAAACGGCAACGCUUCUAUAGAGAAGCUAUGGUAA